UUCCCUGCAGUUGGAGCACUACGAGGGGGAGGAAAAACUGGGGGUGGUUUGAGGAGCUGUUGUGUGGGCGUGUUGCUUCACAGAAAGGUCCUUAUCAGGAUCAGAAAAAUACCCGGCUGUGCUUUUAGUUCCUUAUCCUGUAGCCUGUAUCUAAGUCCAUUUUUCUUACGAUGCUGCUGAUUUGUCUUCCCUCCCAUCACUACAUAGAGAAGGGAGUAUGGAGGAACUCUGACAAAGUAGCUGACACAACCUUCCUUGUUUUUGUAUGGCCGUGGCUGAUGUUUUACUCCAUGCGUUGCCUCCAACCAAAAGAGCUCGAGGAUUUUUAACCAGAAGGGGACAAACUUCGCAGGAAUAUAAGGCUCAGCAACCACGAAUUGCCACAGAUACUAAUUUCUAGUGUUAAUACUGAGGGGCGCGGGGGGGGGAGGGUUGGAAAUGAGAUCAUAAAUGAACCUUUCAUUUUCUUCACUUGUUUUUUUUUUUGUUUGUUUUUUUUUUUUCCAAUGCAUCUUUUAAUUUGUAAAGAAAUAAAAAUAUAUUAAGAUGUAUUUUAUGUCAUUGUUAGUAAAUAAAACACUGCUUAUUUUUCCAAACCCUGUAUUUUGCGGGAGGGAGGAGAAGGGAGGAAGGGCUGCGGUCUGCCCGAGCGCUUCUCAACCUCUAAGAGCAGCUUUGAUCCGUUUCUUCAUUGUGAGCGGCAGCCAAAAGGUGCUGUUCCAUCUCAGUGAGGGUUUUUAUUUCAGAGCAGCUCUGUAAGGAGCUCUGUAACGACAGCCCCAGGCGUCAUUUCAUGCUGGUGCAGGAGAGCAGCUACACGCGAGUUGUAUUCAGAAGCAGCAGCUGUGCCCGGGCAGGAGCCCUGCAGUGUGGGGCAGUUCGGAGCCGAGCUCGGCCCGCACGAAGCUCCGCUGUUGGAAGAUCCGCGUUCCCGUCCCGUAACAGCGCAGACACGCGCUGCUCCCGGCUCUGCCUCCUCACUCAGCGCCGCCCUGGGGCGGGGCGGGCUCGGCCGUUUCGUGGCGUUGUGGCGGCGGGUGCGGGCCCAUCUGCGGGGCAUGGGCGGCGGCAGGCCGGGCGCGGCGCGGCGGGGUCCCGCUUGUCUGUGGGUGACGCUGGCGCUGGCGUGGGGAGCGGGGAGCCCAGCGGCAGCGGGGGAAGGAGACGGAGACGGAGAGCCCGGCCCGGGGCACGGGGCGGCGCCGUGCGGGGCGGAGGGCUGGGAGCGGGCCGCAGAACCGCCGGGCCCGGCCUUCGUGGCCGCGGCGUCGUACCGCGGUCCGGGCAACAACGACACGCGGAGCAACAAGGCGCUGCCCAUCGUGCUGUGGUGGAGCGGCAGCCUGUUCCCGCACUUCCCGGGCGACACGGAGCGCAUCGACUGCCCGCGGGGCUCCUGCCUCGUCACGCGCAGCCGCCGCGCGGCCCGGCACCGCCGCACCAAGGCCAUCAUCUUCUACGGCACCGACUUCCGAGCCUACGAGGCGCCGCUGCCCCGGCUGCCCCACCAGACGUGGGCGCUGUUCCACGAGGAGUCCCCCAUGAACAACUACCUCCUGUCGCACCCGCCCGGCAUCCGCCUCUUCAACUACACCGCCACGUUCCGCCGCGAGUCGCACUACCCGCUGACGCUGCAGUGGCUGCCCGGCCCCGGGUACCUGCGGGGCCCGGCGCUGCCCCUGGCCGACAAGGACGCGUGGCGGCGGCGGGGCUACGGCCCGGUGCUCUACAUGCAGUCACACUGCGACGUGCCCUCGGACCGGGACCGCUACGUGCGGGAGCUCAUGAAGUACAUCCAGGUUGACUCCUAUGGGAAAUGCCUGCAUAACCGUGAGCUUCCCAGCGAGCGGCUGAGAGACACUGCGACAGCCACUGCAGAAGAUCCCGAAUUCAUGGCUUUUAUCGCCAGGUACAAGUUCCACCUGGCCCUGGAGAAUGCCAUUUGCAAUGACUACAUGACAGAGAAGCUGUGGCGUCCGAUGCAUUUGGGUGCUGUCCCGGUGUACCGAGGCUCCCCAGCUGUGCGGGACUGGAUGCCAAACAACCACUCCAUCAUUCUUAUCGAUGACUUUGACAGCCCCCAAGAGCUGGCAAAGUAUCUUGAUUUCCUCGACAAGAAUGGAGAGGAAUAUAUGAAGUACCUGGAGUAUAAAAACACUGAUGGAAUAAAAAACCAGUUCUUGCUAAAGAGCUUGGAGACGCGGGAGUGGGGUGUGAAUGACAUGACUUUGCCCAAUUACCUGAAUGGCUUCGAGUGUUUCAUCUGCGACAGGGAGAACGCCCGGGUCAGAGCGGAGCAGGAACACAAAAAGUCUCAUGGGAAAACUCCAGCUCCCGCCCCUCACGUGGCUCAUUUCCAGCACAUGGGAUGCCCUAUGCCUACCCCUGGGUUUGGAAGUAUCGAAGACCUCCCUGCAGAGGACAGUUGGAAAGAGAUGUGGCUUCAGGACUAUUGGCAAAGCCUUGAUCAGGGUGAGGCCCUCACUGCUAUGAUUCAUCACAAUGAGUCACAUCAGGGAAGAUUUUGGGAUUAUAUGCAUGAGAUUUUUCUCAAGAGGACCAGGCAACACUGAUCCAUCUCUGUAAGAGCUUGGUUUGGAAAUUGCCUUGAAAGUUGUGACUGAGAAUUCUUACUUCUCUCCAAAUGUUUGCCUUGAAAUAGAAGAAGCUCUCGCAGACUGUUUUUCUGGUGUGUGAAGGGGGUGAUUCUCUGUUGCAGUUUCAGCAGCGGAGAUGUCAGCAACUGCUUAUAUCUGAAUUUCAGCUCUGUGCUGUGAAGCCCCUCCUGACAUGCAGGUGUCAACAUGUGGGGCAAAAGAGAAUUCUGCAUUUGGUAUCGCUUCCCUGUGGCUUCCUUCAUUUCAGAGGAACAUGUUUCAGACUCUGCUCAAAUGCCCUAAGUUAUUUUGGGAACUUUUUUAUAUCCAAAAUGCUUGGUUUUUUUUAUACUUCACCACUUAUUCUUCUCAUUAAGUUAUACUUUUACCUGAUAUUAACAAAUAGCUUUUCCAGUGAAUGAAUUCCAGAAGACUAUUAUCUGUGGAGAGCAGCUGUGCCUUAUGAAAUUGCAAUAAAGUCUCUUCUCUCCAUGUAAA